AGGAGAGGAGAGGAGGAGGGGCUGCGGCUGCGGGGCAGGGACUGGGACUGGGCCUCUUUCCCGGGCGGAAGGCGGCGCGGCGCCGAGCGGAGGAGGGAGCUGGGCGGCAUGGCGGCCUCCUGCAAGCGCAUCGCCAUCUUCGGGGCCACCGGCAUGACCGGCUCGGCCACCCUGACCCAAGCCCUCGAGGCCGGCUACCAAGUGACGGUGCUGGUGCGGGACCCCGCCCGCCUCUCCCCCGAGCUCCAGCCGGCUCACGUCAUCGUGGGAGAUGUGCUGAACCCGGAAGAGGUUGGCCAGGCUGUGAAGGGCCAAGACGCCGUAAUCAUCAUCCUGGGAACCCGCAACGACCUGAGCCCCACCACCAUGAUGUCCGAAGGCACCCGCAACAUUGUGGAAGCCAUGAAGUCCCACGGGAUCCGCAAGGUGGUCGUUUGUCUCUCAGCGUUCCUGAUGUGGGAUCUGGAGAAAGUCCCUGCCAAGCUGCGGCCCCUGACCGAGGACCACAUACGAAUGCAGCAGAUCCUGAAGGAGUCGGGCCUGGACUGCGUCUACGUGAUGCCCCCCCACAUUGCAGGGGACCAGCCACUCACAGGGGACUACACGGUGACCGUGGACUCAUCGGGGGGCUCCAGAGUCAUCUCCAAGCACGACCUGGGGCACUUCUUCCUCAAGUGCUUGACCACCGCGGAGUAUGAUGGGAAAAACGUCUACCUGUCGAGGCAUUACCCCAAGGAGUAGUUCCAGAACCCCCCUUACCUUUCCACCCCCCAUUCCUUCCACCUCCCUCUAAUCUGGAGACUGGAGACCAGGCCCUUAGCGAAGGGAAACUCUUCAGUUCUGCUCUGGCCUGCCCACCCCCCACUCCGUCCAUGGCCUUUCCAGUUUGGAGCCUCUAGGCGCUGCAAAACCUCCCUGGAGCUGUGGCUACCAUCUGGCCCCAUGUUGCCCAGGGUGGCUGCCACCAUCCCUCUGUGCCCCUGUCCUGCCCCACCCCAGGCUUGCAUACGUGGUUGUGUACCAGGCAGUGGGAGUAUUAAAGAAAGCCUGAUUUCUGUG